AUGACAAGCACUUCACUCUCUUUGAUUUUCUUGCUCUUCUCUCUUCUCAUUCCAACCCUCAUUUCCUCUUCACCAAUUCAAAAUCCUGAAUUGGUAGUACAAGAGGUAAACAGGAAAAUCAAUGCCUCUUUAGCUAGGAGGAACUUGGGGUACCUUUCAUGUGGGAGUGGCAACCCCAUUGAUGAUUGUUGGAGGUGUGACACAAAUUGGGAGAACAACAGGCAAAGGCUAGCAGAUUGUGCAAUUGGGUUUGGGAAAAACGCCAUUGGUGGAAGGGAUGGUAAGAUUUACGUGGUGGACGAUGCCGGCGAUGAUGAUCCGGUGAACCCAAAACCGGGGACACUCCGUGACGCGGUGAUCCAAGAUGAACCAUUAUGGAUCAUCUUCGCCAGAGACAUGGUGAUUCAGUUAAAGGAAGAGCUCAUCAUGAACUCCUUCAAGACCAUUGAUGGUAGAGGCGCGAGCGUGCACAUUGCUGGUGGUCCAUGCAUUACAAUACAGUACGUGACCAAUGUUAUCAUCCACGGAAUACACAUACAUGAUUGCAAGCAAGGUGGGAAUACUAUGGUGAGGGACUCCCCACGGCACUACGGGUGGAGAACCAUAUCGGACGGUGAUGGUGUGUCCAUCUUUGGAGCAAGUCAUGUAUGGGUUGAUCAUUGUUCCUUGUCCAAUUGCAACGAUGGUUUAAUCGAUGCCAUUCAUGGGUCCACCGCUAUUACCAUAUCCAACAAUUACAUGACACACCAUGAUAAGGUUAUGUUGUUGGGUCAUAGUGACUCCUACACUCAAGACAAGAACAUGCAAGUCACUAUUGCUUUCAAUCACUUUGGUGAAGGCCUCGUUCAAAGGAUGCCAAGGUGUAGGCUUGGAUAUUUCCAUGUGGUGAAUAAUGACUACACUCACUGGGAAAUGUAUGCCAUUGGGGGAAGUGCUAGCCCAACUAUCAACUGUCAAGGAAAUAGAUUUGUUGCACCCGAUGACAGAUUUAGCAAAGAGGUGACAAAGCAUGAAGAUGCGCCAGAGAGUGAAUGGAAGAGCUGGAAUUGGAGGUCAGAAGGGGACUUGUUGGUAAAUGGUGCAUUUUUCACUGCAUCGGGUGCUGGAGCCUCUUCUAGUUAUGCAAGGGCUUCUAGCUUAAGUGCAAGACCAUCUUCCCUUGUGGGUUCUAUAACAAUAGGUGCUGGUGCACUUAACUGUAAGAAAGGUUCUCCUUGCUGAUAAUGAUUGAUC